AUGGAGAAUCGGAGGGAGGGGGACGCCAAGGGCGAGAAGGCCCCGGAGCCACAGGAGAAGCAGAAGCGGAAGACUCAGGAGGGCUGCAGCGCCAGCGGAGGGACCGCCGGCGUCAGGGCCUCCCAGGGCAAGGUCUGCAUCAGGGCCGCCGACAUGCCCGCGAAGAUGCAGAUGCGGGCGUUUCGGUGCGCCCAGGAGGUGCUCGCGGGAAUGCCCAAGCUCGAGAGCAAGCGUCUCGCUCAGACGCUGAAGAAGGUAACAUAACAUCUCUCUUGCCUCCCCAGCUCAAUCGCGCGCCUUUUCAUUUCCCCUGUUCCAAUGAUUAAGACUUUCAUGCUUUUGCUUGCAUUGAUCUGAGUGGGAAUCUCACUGCUGUGAGCAUGUAGCUGGAGGCGAAUUGGGUCAGCUGUAGCUGAACUGAACGCAAGAUCUUCUUCUGAAAGAUACGAGCAAUUGAAGCUGAAAUCACAGUUUCCAAUGGGGGAAAGAGGGAGAAAGGGGAAAUACUUUAUUGGGCACAAUGUCCAAUAAUGUUUUUCGUAUAGAAAGGGAUCUGAAUUAAUUAAAUAUUCCCUAUGUUAUCUGAAUAAUCUUCCAUGAUGGUCACUAGAACGGGACAUUUCACUGUCGCCGAACCAUCUUACAGCUUAUUUAGGAAAGCUGUCAAACGUUAGCUUUUCAUAUUUCUCCAUUGAACCGAUUCAUGGGCAUUUCUUGUGUUGCAACAUUCGCUGGAAGUGCAUGCAAGGGGAGGGGGAGGUGAAACGUUUUAGAGUGUUAGCAUGGAUCCGGGUACAGAUUUUUAUUUUAUUUUUAAUUGAUAUCAAAAACGAUUGUUCGGACUGCUUCCUCACACUCAAAACUGGAUGUCUGAGGACUUUUCUUGAUCCCUUGUUUAGAAGAACAUGGGGUAUGAUAUUAUCACCAUCACCUAGACUGGUUCCUUUUCAUGAUUUAAUUUUUUUUUUUUCAUUCAUUAUUUUCAAUAUAAUUGAUGCUGCCGAACAGUUUUUUGUGCCCUCUCUCUCUCUCUCUCUCUCUAUCUGACCUCCCUUCUCUCUCUUGGUCCCUGGCUCACUGUGAUCCCAGGAGUUUGACUCUCGAUGUGGCCCAGCAUGGCACUGCAUUGUGGGAACAAGCUUCGGAUCGUACGUCACGCAUUCCUUAGGAGGUUUUCUGUACUUCUCCAUCGAUAAGGUCCACAUUCUCCUCUUCAAGACUGCCGUUGAGCGUCUAGAACCGUGA